AUGAAACUCGAAGAUUUGCCCGGUGAAAUAUGGUUUCUUAUUCUAUCCUAUGUAUCACCGUUGGAAGCCUUUUAUGCAUUUAAAAAAAUCAAAAAUACACGUAUAAAUUCGAUAAUGACUGAAAUGUAUUUGAUUCGACAAGUCGGAGAUAAUUAUUCAUCAAUUUUGAAUCUAUCUCUUGCACACGCUUCAUUGUCUAUGUAUAAUUUUGCUAUGUCAGAUAUUAUUCCAUACUAUUCACAUAUGAUUCAUGAAUUAAUAUUAUCCAAUAGACAAACACCUGGUGAAAUAAAUGAUUUUUUGCAGAAAUAUUCAUUGACACAUGAUUUUACUUAUCUAAGUUGUUUACGUUUAAUUGAACCAUCACCAAUUGAAUUAAAUAUCAUUGUUAAUGAUAUACAAAAUGUAAAAAUGAUUGAUAUCCAAUCGAAAUAUAUGCAUUCAUAUGAUGUAAAUACAAUACAAACAAUUCUCUAUUCGAAACCAACAAUAGAUUAUUGUUGUUUAAGUCAAUUUCAUCAGAAUUUCAUUUCGAAAGAUUCAUAUUCGUUUAUACAAAGUUUAAAAAUUGAUUCAUGUGAUUAUUUAUGUUUUUUAAGUAUUCUUAAUCAUUUUUGUCUAUUGGAAAAACUUUCAAUUAAUACACUUUCAAUGCCACGUAAUGUUAUUUUAUCAUCAAAUAAUUUAAUCGAAAAUCCAUUAUUGAUUAAAGAUUUAAAAUUACGAGCAUUUAGUAUUCGGUUUGAUUAUCUUCUUGUAUUAUUUCCUUUCUUUGAAAAUAUUCAGAGAUUUUCAUUAUCACUUGUUUGUGACGAAGGUUUCGAUUAUGUUAAUAGUGAUAAAUGGCAAAUGAUUAUAAGUAACUAUUGGCCAUUAUUAACAAAAUUUCAAUUCUACAGUGAAUUAUGGUAUUUAACAUCAGUAGAUCUUGACGAACUCUAUCCUCAUUUAUUAUCAUUUAAAAAUGAUUCUUUUUGGAUUGAACGUCAAAUAGGAUUUGUAGCAGAUUUUUAUCAAGAUAAAAAUGAUCUUCACUUAAUCUUCUAUUCAAAUCCGUAUCCUGAUGAAAAAUUUUCCAAUCAAUGGGGUCAUUCCAUUGAUAUUGUUUCGACUUCAAAAGAUAACAUAAAUUCGUCAUUAGUAAUAGAAAAUACCUAUGAACAUGUUAGUCGUUUACUCUUAACGGUUUAUGACAAUAAACAAAUGCGAUAUGAAUUAGAUAAAAUUUCACGUUAUUUUCCUAAUGUUGAUACAUUAACAGUACGAUUUGAACAACAUGCAUCAAGUGCUCUAUUUCGAUUGUACAUCGAAAAAAUAAUUAAUCUUGAUCAUAUUAAACAUUUAGUAUUGGAUGGUAAAUGUCACACUAUGGCAACAUUAUAUGAACUUAUCUUAUGUCUGUCAAAUAUGAAUAAAUUGACUAUAACAAAUAAUCAACGUAUAUUAGUAAAACAACUAAUUCAAGGACGAAACGAACGCUUAUUAUUAUUGUUACGUCAACGUCUUCAAUAUUUCAAUUUAUUGUAUGAUGGUGUUAUGUCUUAUGACACAGUCGAAGCCAUACGUUAUAAUUUUCCUCAUUUGAAAACAUUUUCCGCUUGUUUACCACAUUUUGAAGAUUUUCGUGAUGCCAUUCCAGCAUUCAUGCAACAUAUGAAAUUGCUUCAAUACCUUCAUAUUGGUCUCGAAUGUGAUAAUGAUAAAAAAAAUUUUACUACCCAAGAUAUGUAUGACUGGUUUCGGCGACAUAAUAUUUUACAUGAAAUUAAAUUGUCGAUUGAUACAUAUACGAAUUCAAUUCAUAUAUGGUUAUAA